AUGUUACUUCCGGUUGGUGACGUAAAGAAAUGUCGCUGGUUGAAAGGAACACGUGGAUCCGUCAGACUUUCUACUGCUGGUUGUGAUUACCACCGUUUUUCUUUUUUCGCGUGGUGCUUUUACUCUUCAUUCAUGGAUUCUGUCGUCAUUGUAUCCGCUGUAAGGACCCCGAUUGGUUCAUUUAAUGGUGGAUUGGCAAAUGUUGCAGCUUCUGAACUUGGUUCUUUUGCCAUCAAAAGUGUUCUUGAACAAGCUGCAGUGCAACCUGAAGAUGUAUCUGAAGUUAUUAUGGGAAAUGUUUAUACUGCAGGUGAGGGUCAGAAUCCAGCUAGACAAGCCAGUAUCAAAGCUGGCCUCCCUAAUUCCGUCCCAGCUUGUGUGGUUAAUAUGCUAUGUGGAUCAGGGCUAAGAGCAGUUGUGAUGGGUGCACAGGCCAUUAAAACUGGAGAUUCAACAAUUGUAGUUGCUGGUGGAAUGGAAAAUAUGAGUAGGGCUCCUCACUGUAUGCACAUGCGAUCUGGUACCAAAAUGGGGGAUGUUACAUUUACAGACACAAUGCUCAAAGAUGGACUUGUUGAUGCCUUCCACAAUUAUCACAUGGGAAUGACAGCUGAAAAUGUUGCUCACAGGUGGCACAUAUUUCGUGGUGAACAAGACAAUUUUGCUGCUAAUUCACAACAGAAAUGCAAAAUUGCUCAAGAGGCAGGGCAUUUUAAAGAAGAGAUUAUUGCCGUGACAGUCAAGACAAGAACUGGUGAACUGAUCAUUGACAAAGAUGAGUUUCCAAGGCCAGACACAACAGUUGAGAGUUUAACUAAGCUUAGACCCUGUUUUCUAAAAGAUGGUACGGGUACCGUCACUGCUGGGAAUGCCUCAGGUAUUAAUGAUGGAGCAGCUACAGUGUUGUUAAUGUCACAAACUGAAGCAGAAAAUAGACAAUUAAAACCACUUGGUCGAAUUGUGUCCUGGGCUCAAGCUGGUGUUGACCCUGCUGUCAUGGGUACUGGACCAGUCCCAGCAGUUAAGAAAGCUUUGACUAAAGCUGGUUGGUCCAUUGAUGAUGUCAACAUAUUUGAAUUGAAUGAGGCUUUUGCUGCUCAGUCUUGUGCUGUAAUUAAAGAUCUUGGUUGUGAUGCAAGCAAGGUAAAUAUUAGUGGAGGUGCAAUUGCCCUUGGACAUCCACUUGCUGCAUCUGGUACACGGAUUCUUGUUACCUUAUUGUAUAACAUGAAACGCACAAAUCAAAAGAAAGGUGUUGCUGCCCUUUGUAUUGGGGGAGGCAUGGGAAUUGCCAUAUGCAUUGAAAGCCUUUGA